UGUAUGAACGUAUAAUAGCCAUACGAUUUCUAUAAGUGACAAACGGGAUUAAUUAAUACGUUGUAUAAUGCUGGUUUAUGGAGACAAUGCAUUAUGAUUAACAUAGUUUUAUUGUUCGGAAUAAUAUCUGCUUCACUUUGGCAUGUAAACGUCUGUGCGUUCUAUAUCACAGAGGAGAAAACCACAUGGGGAAGUCCAUAUAAAGAUUGUAUUCCGGCUACUCCAAAAGUAAAAGUUGGUACUGACAUGAAUUAUUACCUUAAUGAAAGUCUUGAAGAUUUGCCGUCCAAUGACACAGUAUGGGUGGGUUAUUACCAGGUAGUCAGAGUAUUCGAGUACAUAGGAUGCGUUACGAUGGAAAGCAUUGUAAACAACGGAGAACAUCCCUUUGUUGAAAUAAACGGAGAUCCCGGACAUUGCUUUCCAGGAUGUGGUGAUCACACUAUAGUUGGCGUAACAAAAACAAAGUGUUACUGCCUGGGUUCAGACAUAUUGUUAACACAUCCUACACAGACCAGAUGUACUCACGAAUGUAACCACCCUAUUGUUUCGUGUGGUUAUGAUAGUACGGUUAUGAAAUAUGCUUUCCUAUCAAUUUACAAAAUGAAUCCAAGUGUGACCGCUAGCGCAAUACGCUAUGCAUAUCAUGUGGGAUAUAACUGUCUCGCGUUGAAUCCUGACAACCCAAAAAGCUUUAUUUGGGAUAAAUGUACCCAUGCCUUAGUACCAAUGUGUGCAAAUGUUAAGUAUAUAUUUAAUCAUUAAAUCAAUUAAUCAUUGUUUAUAUUACCUUUGUUAAUACUACAAGUUUGCAACGACGGUUUGCACUGUAGUAGCCAGACGGUCAUAUCAUUUAUUUACGAAGCAACACACAUUCACACGCACACGCACACGCACGCACGCACGCACGCAUACACACACACACACACACACACACACACAAACUAAAGACGGUGACAGGUAGCCCGACGUUUAUUUCGUUUAAAUUAAUCUAUAUAUAACCGGUGUAAUGACCGAACAGAUGGGCAAAUAUGCCUACGAUUUAUAUCGUGGUCUUGCAAACACUUUUAAUAUCGGAAAGUCCUGGGUUUUUUAAUUAAUAACAUACGUACAUAAUAUAUAAUACAUUUUGUUACAUACAGCAGGAAUAGACAUACAGUUGGUAUAAAUCUAGCGGCCAAGUAGCGGGCGUUGCUGUUUCAUCAAAGUACAAUUAUGUUGACAAACUAUCGAUGUUGUUAACGCAUUCGACCGAAUUUUGCACUAGUAUACACAUAUAUUAACAAACAUACUCACUAUGAAACAUGAAGUUACUUUAAAGAUACUCGGCCGAACUAAAAAUAUCGUAUCUUAGGAAACAUAGAAAUAGACAUAAUAAGGAUUAUGGUCUAUUGUUUAAAGUUUUGAAAUAUUGAAAUCAUAUGUAUAUGUUGACAGUUAGAAUCACAUACGAAAUAUUUUAAAGUGUAUAAAGCUAUAUAUCUGAUACAAAAAUAUUGUUUGAAUUUCAAAAAAGAAUACUGCCAAAAUGCUUGUAUGAAAUAAAAAUGGCAAUGAAUUACCUUAAAGCGAGUGGCACAUGCACAAAAUCAUUGCUUAACGGAUAAAACCCUACUUAAAAUAGCAAAAUAAUAUUUUGUUCCGGAAUAUUUUAUUAUGUUUAUGUACAUUAUUCAUGUGUGUUAAAUAACAGAGACAUUCUAUGGUACAACUUUUUCGGAAAUCAACCAAUAAUGAAACCAAUAUAACUUUACUGUUGAUAAAUUAAAAAAAAAAUAUUUCAUAAGAUAGAUCUAUAGCAAUAGAAACAAAAUCACACUGUGUAUAUCCAUUAAUGCCGGAAUGUGAAAUAACGCACGAUUCGUGCAAAAAGUAACGCAGAAUUGUGCAAUAAAUGGCGGAUACUGGACAGAAUUUCCAAUGCGGUAAGUAAAGUGGCCAAUAUAUUUUUAUUUAACCAAACUGAAAACGGCUGCAAAGACAUAAUUCUUAAUCCCUCAUCAAGAUUAUUUCCACACAAUUGCUUACUUUUCAAGAUCAUUCGUGAAAAUGAUGGUUUGACCACCGUUUUGAGCGUGAUUUUGGCUUUUUGUCGACUCUUUUAAGUACAACAAUGCAUCAUACAUUGUAUAAUUUCAAUGUUUUGUAGGCAAGUGACAUUUAUUAAAUUUCUGUUGACAUUAAUAAUUGAAAAUAAACUGAUAAAAUGUGAUUCAAACC